AUGGUUCCAAAAGACACAUAUAAUUUUAAAACAAGUGAAUUACCUUCGCAAAUAUUUUAUAAUAAAUUACAUACAGCAUCUACUGAUGGAAAUCAUUUUGUUAAGUACUGUGGUGGUGAUAAGGAAAAUUCUUUAAAUAAAUAUCCCAAUAUUAAAAAUUUUUGUUCUAAUAUAAUAAAUUAUUUAAAAAAGCGUAAGCAUUCAUGGAAUCAAGGAACUAAAAAAGAUAUGUACUGCAAUCUUUUAGUCUAUUGGAUAUAUGAUCAAUUAGUAAAUAAUUUCAAAGAAUAUACACAUAAACCUAUCGAUAUUUAUGGCAAAAUUGUGAAUGUAUGGAACAUUAAUUAUAGGUCUUCUAAAAAUCGUAAUAUUACGCAAUGUGAUCUCAGUUCAGAAAUUAUUUUAUACGAUGAUUGGGAUAUGAGAAAGAAAUUGUAUGAAUAUUUGCUAGAUUUUGAUAUACACAUUAAAGAACGAAUAUCUGAACAAGGAAAAUGUGAAGAAUAUUAUGAAUAUAUUCAAGAGAAAGAGCAACUGUAUAAUCAUUUUAAUGAACCAUGCAAUGCUAACGAUCAAACGAAAUGCCCAUCAUUUUAUAAUGAUUGCAAAAAGUACGAGCCAUCAAUGGUGCUUAAAGGAUCUGAAUGUAAUCAAUCCGUUAAGGGAGUUGAGGAUAAUAGAGAUUUACCAGAGAUAGGGGAAGAAGAUGGUUUAUUUGUUAGACAAGAUUCACAAAGUUUACCUGAAGAACAGGAAGUACAAGAUUCACCUGAGGGUGGAGAUACGCAAAAAGCACGUGAAAAAAUACAAUUAACGCGUCAAGAAAUUAAUGAGAAUUAUGGUACUUCAUCAAUAGUUAGUGAAAUUCCUGAAGAAGAACUAUUGUAUGUGAACAGUUCUAGACCAUUAAAAAUAUUUGGUAAAGCGCUACUUGGAAUAUUCAAAUUUUCACCUACAGAAAAUUUGUUAAGUAAUAAGAUUAGAAUGAUAAAAAGAAAGAUAAGUAAUGAUAAUGAAAAAAAAAAUAAGCAAUAUCCCCAAGCAACAACAUACCUUAAUCCAUUUAUUGAUGAUCGAGAAGUGCAUUAUAUAGGAUACAAUAAUUUAUAA